AUGUCUCUAUCACCACCACCACCAUUCACAGCAGAAACGGCGUAUGAAAAAGUCAAGAAAGCUCAAGAUCGAUGGAAUACAAAGUCAGCUUUUUUUCAUCAUCAUCUUCAUCAUCAUCUUUUGCGGCAAGGCAUCUGGCGAAACCGAGAGGAUUUCUUCACUUCUUGGGCAAGAAAUCAAUGGGGGAAAAGAGAAAGAUUAUUCGGUUUGAGGAAGGUAUUGUUUGCUUUUACGGAGAAUCGGAUUGCGGUGCAGGUUUUGGUAUUAGAUGCUCAUGAUGGCAUGAAGUGGAAGCGUUGUUAUGGAUUGGAGGAUUGUACUUUUGCUGAGGAUGGACGGAUGAGGAAGCGGCAGAUGAGUGGGAAUGAUAUUGUGCUUGAUGAGUUGGAGAGGUGGGACAAGGAUGGAGUGGAUGUGAAUGAGGUUGAUAUCAGCGAGGCCCAUUGGUAG